AUGCCAAUCUCGUGGCCCCUUCGCGCGAACCGCCGGUCCCAGAACCGUGGCGAGCCGAUGGACAUUGACGACGAGGACACGCCCAUGACGGGUGUUCAUCAGACAACCAGAAGAAAUGCACCACAAGGCGUAGGCACCGCGAGCUUGGCACCAGGCCUCGGAGCGCGUCUCCGCGGCGGCGCCCGUGACAGCUCCCCAGACAGCCUCUUCGACAGCGACGGCGAAACAGAAGCAGCGCUCAACCGGCUCAGUUCCACCAAAUCGCCAUCCCCGGCAAAAGACAUUUGGACUACGCUGUACGGCUUCCAGGGCUCUGUCCCCUUUCUCGUCGGCGACGCAGCCUCCUAUCUCGCCGCAGUGCGACAGCUUCUCUCCAUACCCGCAGCCAUGAACACGCCGUACACACUUGUGCAUUAUCAGUCCCUCGAGCGCAGCCUCACGGAGAUCAAGGACGAUCUGGCGACUGGCAGCAGCGGCGCGGCCGUCCGUCACAUCCAGGAGCACUUUGCCUCUGCAAACAACAACAAUACCAACAACUCCCCAAACAAUAGCCCGAACAAGAGCACCGGACAUUCUGCGACGUGCUGCGUGCUCUUCGUCCGUCUGCAGACAGAGACAGGACCAGCACCGGGCCAAUUCAAGCCUUCGAACGCACAGCUCGGCAUCGACGUCGGCGCCAUCAAAUAUCUACCCCCAGGAAGACAGUACCCCUCGACUGCGUACUUUCCCUAUCCCAAGAAUGUUGGUCGACACGAAGACAGCGAAGACGGCGAGGCACUCUUCCCGGUGAGAGAAUGGAACGCCAGACAGUACCUCGAGCACUUUCGCACUGCGGUGGACGUUUUGCUCGGAAGGCCGGGACGUCGAAACGGCUUCCACCACGCAGUUCUGAGGCUUCAUAAGGAGACGGAUCCUGAAGGAUGCAGCUAUGCAGCUCCGACGCAUGGCAUCUUGACUCUGCGCCCGUCCGAUCUACAGGACAUUCAACCCUAUUACCUCGCGAAAGAAGGCCUUCCAGGAGUCGGCAUGCAGCACCACGCCCUCGACGCCUCGCAGAUUCACCUCACUCUCCCUGGCUUCUACCCCGACUUAUUCUCCGAACACGCGAGCAUCGUCGCCGCCAACACCCUCCGUCCCGUAUCCGGCCGGCUCGGCAUGCCCUCCGGCAUCGCCCACAUCCAGAACCUCGUGCGCACACUCCUCGCCCGCGAAGCCGACGGCGUCACACACAUCCUCCUGCUCUCCGGCCGCGGCACGCUCGGCUCUGUCGUCGACAGGAUUCAGCCGACGGCACUCAUCCCCCUGAGCAAGUCCGUCCGCACUCUCGACGCCUUUGCGGCUCAUGACCUCUGCCAACUCCUCGACAGCCACCCGCGCUCACUCCUUCUCUACCCACAAUACAUGGACGACAACCACGGCGACUCGGACGUCAUUGACACGAGAAUGCACGCCGCCUGGGACACGGACGCAGACAUGGACCACAAAUGCACGUACCUACCCUCACUCGACUCCAGCGUCGACAUCUUCCGCGGACAAGUCGCCAGACUGGUCUCGCAAGCACGUGGUGCAGGCCGCGACGCAGACCGCGUCAACCUCUUCGACGCAACGACACACGAAAUCACCAUCCGCGCGGUUCUGCUCCGCGACAUAACCACCCCUGACAUUGAGUUCUCGACGUUUGUCAUUGGCCCCGACAGCACCGACGACGAGUGGUUUGCCAUACGCGCGCAGAUUCCUACACGCAACGCGGAGAUUAACGUCUGGCUUGCGGGCACCUGGGACUGGGAUCGCGGUCUGGCGAAGAGCAACGUCUGGGGACCACGAUAUGGCAAGAUUCAGAGAUUUCCACCAAAGAUUAUUGCGGACAGCAGCGACAGCGACAGCGACAGCGGCAUCCUCGCCGAAUACUCUCAAGCCAACCUCAUCUCCAACAGCCCAUCAGAUGUCAUCCACGCUGAAUACUCACAAGACGGCUCCGACCGCUUUCAAGCCAGCAUCAACGCAGAACGUUUUCAAGCCGACCUCAUCUCCAACCGCGCAUCAGACGGCAACACCGCUGAAUCCUUACAAGACGAUUUCCCCUUCAACCGCUUUAAAGCCAACAUCACCACUGAAUCCCCAGAAGACGGCAUCACCGCUGAAUACUCACACGACGGCUUCGCCACCAACCGCUCCUCAGCCAGCACCACCACUGAAUCCUCAGAAGACGGCGUCGCCACUAAAUUCACCGUUCUCAAGACGGCCUCGACCGCAAACACUUCCGAGACGGCACCGCAGAAGACGACACCUCCCCCGACGACUGCAGACUGCCCGUUCCCACGCUGCGGCUUCAUAUAUAACCCCGCGCAUGGCGCUAACCUCGCGACCCAUGUCCUCGAAGCGCACGCAAGCCGCAAGUGCAUGUGGUGCGACGAGCCGAUCCCGGAGUCGUGGACCGACGCGCAGAGGGACGCGCACGCACGCACGCACCGCGACCGUCUGCUCGCCGCCCUCGGGGUUCAGAGCGCAAGCCUGACCCAGGGCGGCAGCAGCAGCAGCAACGACAAGGCCGUGGCCGUAAAGGUGCCCCUGAAACAGGCACCGAGAGCCUCCUCCUCCUCCUCCGCCACCACCACCACCACCACCACCGCCGCGCCGAUCGACCUCCGCGGCGCCGAAGAAGAAGACCAGGCCGCUGGCCGCGACACGGUGGCAUCACGCCCCGUGUUCGCGAACCAGCGGUUCUGCGACCGCUGCGGGCGCGACCGCUCGCGCUUCCUCACGGAAGCAGAGCGGACGUACCACGACCGGCACUGCGUCCCGGGGGUGUACCACGGGGCAAGGUGCCGGUUCUGCCGCCGUUGCGGCGACUACCGCUGGGCGUCGGGGGAGGACCGGCGCCUCAGUGGGAGGGCCGGUCGGGGAGUGUCCGGGGGGUCGUGCGGGCACGACGACGAGGGCGCGGCGCGUUUCUGCGCGCGCUGCGGCCUCGACGUCGGGGCCAUGGAGGACGACGAGGACGACGAGGACGAUGAUGGCGGCGCCGGGAGGAGGGCCGCCGCCCACGACGAGGCGUGCCGCGGGUUCGGCGCGCAGCCCGGGCGGUUCUGUCCGCACUGCGGCGUGGCCUUUUGGGAAGGCCACGCCCAGGCGGACUGGCUGCACAACACCAGGCACAUCGAGGCCUGCCGGGCUGCCGCCGCCGCGGCCGCCAUCACCACCACCAUCACCACCGCCACCACCACCACUGCCGCCGCCGCCGCCGCCACCUCCGCCUCCGCCGCCGCGGCCCUUCGGGGCAAGAAACGCCGGCCCCUCCAGCAGGGGGACACCGCCGCCGCCGCCGACGACGACGACAACGACGACGGCCAAGGCCGAGGCCGAGGCCGAAAGCGCCGCCGCCUGUCCCGCGACGACGACCUGCGCGCGGCCCAGGCGAGCGACCACGAGGGCGAAGAGGAGUCAUCCUCCGAGCCCGAGUGGGAGCUCGCCAUGGGCCCGCGCAGGUCGCGGGACACGGUGGCGGCGCCGACGCCGAAGCCGGAGGAGAAGGAGGAGGAGGAGGAGAAGCAGCAGCAGCAGCCGAAGCCGCGCGCCCGCCGCAGCCGGGCCCCGUCCGGGGUCAAAACCCGGACGCAGCCGCCGCGCGCCGCCGCCGCACGAAGCCGCGCCGCGUCAAUGGCGCCGGCUGGCCGGCCGACGAGGACGAGGAAGAGGUGA